GCUCCGUCGGCACACGGCCACACGGCUAGCUGACGGCUGACAACAAACGACAACAAUUUUCAGGCAGCGAGACUUGCAGGUUAUGUUAUGGCGCUCGGCGCCUCCCUUGCACCAGGACCCUCCGAGGCACCCCGCUACCCCAAGCGAGCCAGUCGGGGAACCAGCACGGAGCCCGAGCUACAGGACAGCGACGACCUGCUCUUCUGCGAUGACUGCCAGAAGGACUGGGCAGGGGACUGCCCGAAACACGGACCGCUGCUGGUCAUUGCGGACACCGAGGUCCCCUUGGGCCACCCCGAGAGAGCGCUCCUCACGGCGCCGACCCAGCUCGCGGUGGAGCUCAGCAAGGUCCCCGGCGAGUCGCGGGGCGUCUGGACCUGGGAGGCGGUGCCCAGGAGGGCGCGCUUCGGGCCGUUCGGAGGACGGCAACCUGGUGGCGUUCCGGCUCAAGGGCCGCCUGUACUAUCGGACGGUGCGCGACAUCCCCGCCAGCAAGGAGCUGCUCCUGUGCGGCGGGCCGUCCAGGGGGCUCCGCGGCGUCAACCUGCCCCUCCCACCCGCGCGGCCCGGGACUCGACGAGCGGCGGCGAGCACGCCGACGGUGAGCACCCGGUCGGUGAGCACCCCUACGGUGAGCACCCCCAUGGCGAGCAUCCCCACGGCGAGCACCCCCACGGCGAGCUCCCCCACGGUGAGCACUCUCACGGCGAGCACCCCGCCGGCGAGCACCCCAACGGCGAGCUCCCCCACGGUGAGCUCCCCGACGGCGGCCACGCCCAGGGAGGGCGCCACCACGGCGGGCACCCCUGUGGCGGGCACCCUCAUGGCUGCCACCACUACGGCAGACACGCCCACGGCUAGCACCCCCACGGCGAGCACCUUUCCCUGCAAGAAAUGCAACCUCUGUUUCGCGACCCCCAUUCUACUCGGCCAGCAUCGGGGCAGGUGCUCGAUCGAGCUCAGGCGGCGUAGCACCUGUGGCGGUGGCAUCUUGCUCAACUGCGGUUUGAAGAUAAAAGAAGAGCAGCCACUGGGGGAAGAGUGGCCGCAUGUAAUGGAUGUAAUAGAUUUGAACGAAGAGCUGCUACUGAUAAAACAAGAGGUGCUUGAGGGCGAAGAGCUGCAGGAGGGCGAAGAGCUGCGACAGGUGAAGGAAGAUCUGCGGCAGGUGAGAGUAGAGCUGCGCCUGGUGAAAGAAGAGCUGCGACAGGUGAAGGGAAAGAAGCUUGCAGUAGAAGAGGGGCCACGGCGACGAGAAGAAGAGUUGACGCGAGUAAAGGAAAAGGAGCGUGACGCUAUGCAGGAGCCGUCACGGCGACGGCCACGGCCCCGCCGACUGAAAGGAGGGUUGACGCGGGUGGAAAAGCAGCGCGACGUCAAAGAGGGGCUACGGCCACGGCGCCGAAGAGAAGAAGAGCUGCCACAGGUGAAGGAAAAGAAGCGUGGCGCUGUAAAGGGGCCACGGCGAGAGGAAAAUCUGCCACUGGUAAAAGAAAAAGAGCUUCCCGUUGAAGAGGGGCCACAGCGAGGUGAAGAGCUGUCGCGGGGAAAGGAAAAGGAGCGUCACGCUGAAGAGGGGCCACGACGAGGUGAAGAGCUGCCGCCGGCAAAGGAAAAGGCGCGUCAGGCGGAAGAGGGGCCACGGCGAGAAGAAAAUCUGCCACUGGUAAAAGAAAAGGAGCUUCACGUUGAAGAGGGGCCACAGCGAGGUGAAGAGCUGUCGCAGGGAAAGGAAAGGGAGCGUCACGCGGAAGAGGGCCCACGGCGAGAAGAAAAUCUGCCACUGGUAAAAGAAAAGGAGCUUCACGUUGAAGAGGGGCCACAGCGAGGUGAAGAGCUGUCGCAGGGAAAGGAAAGGGAGCGUCACGCGGAAGAGGGCCCACGGCGAGAAGAAAAUCUGCCACUGGUAAAAGAAAAGGAGCUUCACGUUGAAGAGGGGUCACGGCGAGGUGAAGAGCAAGAGCUGCCUCGGUCAAAGGAAAAGAAACGUCACGCUGAAGAGGGGCCACGGCGAGGUGAAGAGCUGCCGCGGGUAAAGGAAAAGGAGCAUCACGCUAAAGAGGGGCCUCGGCGAGAAGAAGUGGAGCUGCCGGACGGAAAAGACACGGCGUCACAGGAAAGAGAAGAGCAGCUUCUGGCAACAGAGUCUGUACAGGAUGACAGGCCCUGGAAAUGCCAAACUUGCGGCAAAGGGUUUGUUAGGAUUACCCAGCUCCGUAGACACAUAAAGAGGCACGCCGCUGAGAAAAACUUCGAGUGUACGACCUGUGGCAGACGGUUCCGCGAGCCCGGUGCUCUCAAGAGACACAUGAUGAUGCACACUGGCGACAAACCGCACACCUGCCCGACUUGUGGCGCAGGUUUCUCUGUCAGUGGCAACCUCCGCGCUCACAUGAGGACACACACCGGCGACAGACCUUACAGCUGCCAGGUUUGUGGCAGAAGUUUCUCUCGCAGUACCCAUCUCAACACACACACGAGGACACACACCGGUGAAAAGCCCUACUGCUGUCCGACGUGUGGCAAGGGUUUCUCUCACAGCAACUCUCUUCGCGCACACAUGCGGUCACACACAGGUGCAAAGCCCUACUUCUGUGAGACCUGUGGAGCUGGUUUCUCAAGUAGUUCCAAUCUCUCUGCCCACAUGAGGAGACACGCGGGUGAGAAACCGCACACCUGCCCGACCUGUGGCAAGGGUUUCUUGCGCAACACCGAUCUAAACACGCACUUGAGGUCACACACUGGUGAAAAGCCUUACUGCUGUGUCACGUGCGGCAAACGUUUUUCUAACAGCUCCUCUCUCUGCACUCACACGAGGACCCACACAGGUGAGAAACCCUACAGCUGCCAGACUUGCGGCGCAGAAUUCGCUAAAAGUUUCAAUCUUCGCGCGCACAUGAGGACCCACACUGGAGAGAAGCCUUUCAAGUGUCCAACGUGUGCAAAAUGUUUCACUCACAGCACCUCUCUCCGUGAACACGUGAGGACCCACACUGGAGAAAAGCCUUUCAAGUGUGCAACGUGUGCCAAAUGUUUCUCUCUCAGUGGCAACCUCCGCUCACACAUGAGGACUCACGCUGCUGAAAAGGCUUAUAGAUGUCGGACCUGUGGGAAAGGUUUCAGUUACAGCGCUACUCUACGUAGACACAUGAAGACACACCUGUGAAAUAAAGUGUUUUUUCAUUGUA